UUCAUUUCAGUCCGACUAUUCACUAUAGAGAAAUAAAUUAUAUUGUGAUUACUUCGAUAAAUUAUUAAUUAAUACAAUUUAUAACAUGGAACUACGUUGCAAAGUCCAGAAUUAUGAUUGGGGUAAAUUAGGUCAUGAGAGCACAAUUGCCAAAUUGCUAAGCAGUGCUGAUUCUUCAUUCAAUAUUGAUCCUGCAAGACCAUAUGCUGAACUUUGGAUGGGAGUGCAUCCAAAUGGACCUUCGAUAAUCAUAGAACGAGAUGUCUUAUUGUCAGAGUAUUUGAAAAAUAAUUUAGAUGCUAUUGGGCCAGAUGUUAGAAAGGAGUUUGGAGUGACUUUACCGUUCCUAUUCAAAAUAUUGUCUGUAAGAAAAGCACUUUCGGUUCAAGCUCAUCCAACUAAGGAACAUGCUCAAGAACUUCAUAAAAACUAUCCUGAAUUAUACAAAGAUCCAAAUCAUAAGCCCGAGUUGGCAAUUGCUCUGACUCCUUUUGAAGCCUUGUGUGGAUUCAGGCCCUUGUCGGAGAUCAAAGAUUUUCUUCUCAAAUUGCCGGAACUGAAGGAGAUUCUCUCUGAGAAUUGUAUAGACAAACUUGGACAUGAUGAUAAUGCUGAUAUAAUCAAAGAUUUGUUCAAGGAAUUGAUGACAAGCCAAAAAGAUGUAGUAGCUAAGCAGUUGACAAAAUUGCUAAACAGGUUGCAAUCAGAAGAUGACACAACACAGUCCUCACUUCUGUUUCCACUACUAAAGAGAUUACAUGCAGAUUUUCCUGAAGAUGUUGGAUGUUGGUCAAUAUACUUCAUGAACUAUUUACUACUGAGACCCGGACAAGCAAUAUUUCUGAAGCCAAAUUUGCCACAUGCCUAUUUAAGUGGAGAUUGUGUCGAAUGUAUGGCAUGUUCUGACAAUGUGGUUCGGGCAGGCCUCACACCAAAACACAUUGAUGUCCCAGUACUAUUAAACAUGCUGGAUUAUACAAGCUAUAGUGUAAACGACUUACUUUUCGAACCUCAAUUAGAAGAUCCCAAUACCUGUAUUUGGAGGCCGCCAGUCCCGGAUUUUGCUGUUGUAAAAAUAAUGGUGGAAUGUGAGGAACCUUACAAUACAAUAGUCCGGGCCAGUCCUAGUAUUAUAAUCAUCACAUCGGGCAAAGGUGAUGUGUGUGACACCGAACCAAUAUUGGCUCGUCCAGGAACUGUCAUAUUCUUGAAGGCAAGUCGACAGCUGACAAUCACUGCGGAUGCUGGAUCACAUAUUGAGGCCUAUCAGGCAAUCUGUAACAUUUAAUCGAAGACUAUCUACACAAAAGUGUGCUUAAUAAGACAAUGUAAGCACACUUUUCUCUUACGGCUGAUCCCAACUAUCUACAGAUAGAGAUAAAUUACUACCUUCUACUGUCAGUGGUUAGCUGUCAAUAAUCUGAAGCUGUCCCAAUAUACCGGAUAAGUCAUUCUUAUCGCCUUAUAUUGGGACGCGUGAAUUGCAAUUUCCAUGCAAGCUUUAUAUCGCUGGUAAGCUAUACGUCGUCCCAUUGACAGACAGCGUGCACGGAUAAGGCGAGUUACCGUCGAUAAUUUUAAUUGGAUAGAAAAGUCAACGAUAGUUAAGAUUUUUAUCUCAAGUAAGAGAUAGACUGAAUAUUGGGAACGGCCGUUAGUCGUGUGUCAAAUUCAACAUACAUAAUCUAAACUGAAUAAAUGUUUUUCAACACACUUGGUGCCUUAUUACAUUGUUCUUAGGGCCAUAAAUAAACUAUCACACACGUGCAUAAUUAUAUUACACACUAGUGCACGAUAGAAUUAUCCCAACAAAGUUAAGUUAGUACCUAACUGUAAAUUAUAUAGAGUUAACUUAAUAAUAAUAAUAAUAAUAAUAAACAGAGUAUUUUCAAUUUAUCUGGGUAAUCUGCAUUACCCAGAUAAAUUGAAAAUACUUACCCUUUUGUAACAACAAAGAGGUUUUAUGCCACUGAAAAUGCAUUUACAUUUUUGAAAACAGUAAAUGUGUUCCUAUUUUUUUUUUAUGGAAUAGGAGGACAAACGACCGUACGGGUCACCUGUUGUUAAAUGAUCACCGCCGCCCACAAUCUCUUGCAACACCAGAGGAAUCACAGGAGCGUUGCCGGCCUUUAAGGAAGGUGUACGCGCUUUUUUUUGAAGGUACCCAUGUCGUAUCGUCCUGGAAACAUCGCACAAGGAAGUUCAUUCCACAGCUGAAACAAAACUAAUAAAGACGAAAACACAUUGAUUUUUAUAAUUCAAAUUUUUUUUUUAAUAUAUGUAUUUUAUCACUCAAAUUAUAAUUUUGAAAUAGCCUAUAUGGCUGUAUGUAAUCAAUCACCUUACAUUAUUUUAUCUAUUGGAGUGUGAGCAUGUGUGUGAUAGUUUAUUUAUGGCCCUAAGAGCAAUGUAAUAAGGCACUCUUUACGAGCAAGUUUGUUGAGAAACAUAUAUUCAGUUUAGAUUAUGUAUGUUGAAUUUGGAACCCGAUUCGGACAGCGACAGUUGACACACGACUAACGGCCGUUCCCAAUAUUCAGUCUAUGUCUUACUUGAGAUAAAAAUCAUAACUAUCGUUGACUUUUCUAUACCAAUAAACUUAUCGACGGUAACUCACCUUAUCCGUGCACGCUGUCUGUCAAUGGGACGACGUAUAGCUUACCAUAGAAGUUUGUAUGGAAAUUGCAAUUCACGCGUCCCAAUAUAAGACGAUAAGAAUGAUUAAUCGAGUAUAUUGGGACAGCUUCAGAUUAUUGAUAUCUAAUGACUGACAGUAGAAGGUAGUAAUUUAUCUCUAUCUUUUGGAGUAUUUUGUAUUUUGUUGUAAUAAAUAAAUAAUAUCCGGACGACCGAGCCUUGCUCGGAUUUUUAAGAAUGUACAAAACUUGAACAAAAAAAAGAACUAAUAGGACAUCUGGAUUCGAACCGGGGUCUUCUGCUUUCCGGAUCACCCAAUGUCCCAUCUGAGCUAUAAUAGUCUUGUAUAUAGUGGCGAAAUUUACCUUUGUAUUCUUAUUGUAGCUGUUUCUCAUUCAAACAUGGAUAAAACCAUUUUUUUUAAUUGAAACCUAGCUAGAUCGAUUUAUCACACCCGAAAUCCCCUGCAUACUUAAUUUUAUGAAAAUCGUUGGAGCCGUUUCCGAGAUUCAGAUUAUAUAUAUAUAUAUAUACAAGAAUUGCUCGUUUAAAGAUAUAAGAUUUGUAUUUGUACAUGGUGCAACAUAUAGAUAGAGCAGUUGCAGCUUAUUUAUGGUGUAAUUUGUUCCGUGUUCUAUAUUUUGGCUUUGCUUUUAUACGACAUGAUAUAUGUAUAAAACAUUAGUGUAUUUAUGAUACCAUUCUUCAUAUCUAAAGUAUUUUUAGAACUAUUUUUAUGUGCAAUGAGGCUAUGAAAUAUUAGUUUCAAUAUUAAAAUAAGUUAUAAGUAACAUAUAAGUAUUAAGUGCAAUACAUUGGUUUCAUAUUUAGUUGAAGUUAUUACGUUUAUUAAAGAUGUAUUCUAAUGGCUGUGAAAUCAGUGCCUUUCUUAUGUUAGA